AUGGCAGCUGACCCACCUGCUGUGGAGAGACUAUUAGGUGAUUACGGGGGAGCUAAUUCCCCGCCUGGAAGGAUGACAAUCGUGAAUCAACCAGUCAAUGUUGCCCACUUUCAACUUCACCCCUCAACGAUACGGCAACUAGAAAGGAGACCUUUCUCAGGAAAAAUUAACGAAGAUGCCAACAAGCAUUUGCAAAGGUUUCUGACUAUGACUACGUCGUUAAAGAUUGAGGGGCAUUCUGAGGAAGCUAAGAAGCUGGUCAUGUUUCCGUUUACAUUGUCAGAAGAUGCUGAAGAGUGGUUCUACUCUUUACCUGCUGGAAGCAUCACAACUUGGCAACAGAUGGAGACAACUUUUCUCAAUGAGUACUUUCCGGCCUCUGUGUACAUCCGAAAGAGGUACGACAUAAAUUUUGUAAAUGGUCUUCGGAUGAAGACUAAGCAACUCAUUGACACAGCAGCUGGUGGCUCAACCAACUUUACAACAGCCACUAUUAAAAAGAUUAUCGAAGCCAUUGCAGCCAAUGAGCACCUGGAGUUGUAUGACCGCAGUGUUAGUCAACCCGAAGGGAUAAUUGACCUGAAAUUGGCAAGUCAAGUGGUGAAGAUGGAAGAUCAAGUAGCAGUUGAAGUAGAAAGAAGACUGAAGAAGAUGGCUAUCGAUACUCAAACUGUGGCACAAGUUCAACCGGUUCAACCAACGCAAGCUAGUAAUUGUGAAAUUUGUGGAGGACCUCAUCUUACUGCACAUUACGUUGCAACCGCACAACAAAUUGAGGAGAUUAAGUUUCUAAGGCAGAACAACCCUUAUUCAAAUACAUACAAUCCGGGUUGGAAAAACCAUCCAAAUUUCUCAUGGAAGGAUCAACAAGGACAUGUGCAGAACCAACCACAGCAACAACAAUUUCGACCUCAGCAACAACAACCAUAUCAACAACAGUUUCAGCAACAGGUACCAAGAAAAGCUGAUUGGGAGCUUGCCAUUGAAAAGAUGGCCGCUCAAAGCUCUCAAUUUCAAGAAGAAACUCGAAGUAAUUUAAAAAACACAGGUGCUUCAAUUAAGAAUCUUGAAAUACAGAUGAGUCAGAUAGCCCAACAACUAGCGGGUUCUCAACAACAAGGCGUAUUACCAAGUUCUACGAUUACUAAUCCAAGAGAAAAUAAUCAUGUGAAUGCGGUGACCACAAGGAAUGGUAAGUCGAAAGAAGUACCUGAAAAGAGUUCUGAAGAAGAAGACUUAUUGCUUGAAGUUGAUCUAGAGAUAAAAGAAAAUGAGGUCGCGAAUGGAGAGGCCACUAGUGAUGAAAGAGUGGUCAAAGACAAAGUUAUUGAUCCAAAACCGGCCGUCAAACUACCAUACCCAACAAGAAAUAAGAAGAAAGGGCAGCAUGAGAAAAACUUUGAGAAGUUCCUGGAGAUGUUUAAAAAGCUUGAGCUAAACAUUCCGUUCUUGGAGGCGCUUGAGCAAAUGCCUACCUACGCAAAGUUCAUGAAAGACAUCAUCUCGAAGAAGCGGACCAUAGAGACUAACCCGAUCAUUCUAACGGAAACUUGUAGUGCCAUUUUGCAGGGUAUGAAGGUUCCGGUGAAGAAGAAGGAUCGAGGUUCUGUAACUAUUCCUUGUACCAUUGGAGAUAGAUCCUUCAAGAAAGCUCUAAUUGAUUUGGGAGCGAGUGUAAGCCUUAUGCCGCUGUCCAUUUAUAAGAGGUUGGGGAUAGGAAAAAUUCAAGAUACAAGGAUGACACUCCAGUUUGCUGACCACUCUGUGAAGAGACCUUAUGGGAUAGUAGAAGAUGUGCUAAUGCCGGAAGAUGAAGAGAUACCAAUCAUUUUGGGGAGACCAUUUUUAGAGACCGGGAGAUGUUUGAUCGACAUAGAAGAAGGCACGAUGACUUUGAAAGUGUAUGAUGAAGAGUUAAAAAUUGAUGUGCGAAACACCAUGAAGUACAAGGAUGAUGUUGCCACUAGUCAACAUAUUGAGAUAAUUGAUCAAAUAUGUGAGAAGAAAAAUUGUUUGACAACACAAAAAUUACCUUUGGAGAGAGUGUUGAGUUUAUCAAUUUUUAACGAAGAGGAAAUAGUUGACGAGAAAGAUAUGGAAGUAGUAGCCAUGAUGGAAGCAUCACCACCUUUCAAAGGUUAUCGACACAACCGGUGGGAAGAUUUAAGGCAGCCCUUAGUGGAAGAAAAGAAAGAUGAACAAAAGAAGGGGACCGAAUUGAAACAACUACCGGAAAGCCUCAAAUAUGUAUUCCUAGACACAGAGAGUAAGUGCCCGGCCAUCAUAAGUUCACAUCUAGAAGUUCUUCAGGAAAAUAAGCUUGUCAAAGUUUUAAAAAAAACAUAA